AUGAACUGGGCAUUCCUCCAGGGCCUCCUCAGUGGAGUGAACAAGUACUCCACAGCUUUUGGCAGAGUGUGGCUCUCUAUAGUCUUCCUCUUCAGGGUGAUGGUGUUUGUGGUGGCAGCAGAGAAGGUAUGGGGUGAUGAACAGAAGGACUUUAAAUGCAACACGGCACAGCCUGGGUGCCACAACGUCUGCUAUGACCACUUCUUCCCCGUCUCCCAUGUCCGGCUGUGGGCCCUGCAGCUAAUCUUUGUCACCUGUCCCUCACUCCUGGUGGUGAUGCACGUGGCCUACAGGGAGGACCGGGAGAAGAAACACAGACUCAAGUAUGGUGAGAACUGCCACCGUCUUUACCAGAACACCGGCAAGAAGCGUGGAGGCCUGUGGUGGACCUACGUCCUCACUCUGUUCUUCAAAAUAGGUGUGGACGCCACCUUUGUUUACCUCCUCUAUCACAUCUACGCCGGCUACGACUUCCCCUCGCUCAUCAAGUGUGAGGAGAAACCCUGUCCCAACAAGGUGGACUGCUUCAUUGCUCGGCCCACUGAGAAAAGAAUCUUCACCAUCUUCAUGGUGGUCACCAGCCUGGCCUGCAUCCUCCUCUCCAUUUUUGAAAUCGUCUACCUGAUUGGUAAACGCUGCCAUGAGUGUUUCACCGGAGUCCAUCACUCUCGCCACAUUAACACCAACACAAUGUCUAGUGGAAGCACCUUGAUGGACUCCAGAACUCUGAAGCUGAAAAGCAGCCCUGACACUCCUGCACCUUCAUACAGUGUUGCAGUAUCUUGA